AUGCGUGUUGCUUUUGCUUUGCUCGUUGCCGCUUUGUGCAUUUUCGAAUGCUCGGCUUAUAUGCAAAAUAUCACUGUCAAAGGAGUUGCGGUUUGUAACAAGAAGCGUUUGGCGAAUGUUCAAGUUGAAUUGUGGGAGAAGGAUACACGUGAGUUAAGCAGUCCCAAAUUUCUUUGUUUCUCUGCGUCUCUCGUUGAUUAGCAGGCAGAGAGAUAAAUAAGCAGUCCCAAAAAAUAAGCAGUCCCAAAAAAUAAGCAGUCCCAAAAAUAAGCAGUCCCAAAAAUAAGCAUUCACAAAAAUAAGCAGACACAAAAAUAAGCAGUCCCAAAUUUCGCUGCUUCUCUGAUUCUCUCGUUGAUUAGCAGGCAGAGAGAUAAAUAAGCAGUCCCAAAUUUCUCUGCGUCUCUCGUUGAAUAGCAGGCAGAGAGAUAAAUAAGCAGUCCCAAAAAAUAAGCAGUCCCAAAAAAUAAGCAGACACAAAAAUAAGCAGUCCCAAAUUCCUCUAUUUCUCUGCGUCUCUCGUUGAUUAGCAGGCAGAGAGAUAAAUAAGCAGUCCCAAAAAAUAAGCAGUCCCAAAUUUCUCUGCGUCUCUCGUUGAUUAGCAUGCAGAGAGAUAAAUAAGCAGUCCCAAAAAUAAGCAGUCCCAAAAAAAUAAGCAGUCACAAAAAUAAGCAGUCCCAAAAAAUAAGCAGUCCCAAAUUUCUCUGUUUCUCUGCGUCUCUCGUUGAUUAGCAGGCAGAGAGAUAAAUAAGCAGUCCCAAAAUUUUAAAAAUUGUUUUGUUUCAGUCGACCCCGAUGAUUUGUUGAACACAGUUCAAACCAACAGCGAAGGCGAAUUCGAAGUUUAUGGAGAACAAGACGAAACGCACGCAAUUGUUCCAUACAUUCGUGUUCUUCACAAUUGCAAUCCAUCAAAACCAGUCAGUUUUCAGUCGCGUGCGGCUGUGCGUCGCGGUCGGCAAAAAACCGCACGCGACUGACGACAUUCAAUUUUUUGCAGAACUGCAACCGUAUUGGAGAAUACAUCGUGCCAAAAGACAAAAUCGGUGGAAUUUACGACAUGACUUAUCUCACUUUGGAUAUCAAGGUUCAUGGAGAAAAAGAAAAAUGCAAAUAA